AUGGCGCUGUCAACCCUAUCCUCGAAUGGCCGCCUAAUCAACAUCGGCACUCACAAUCUAGCCCUGUAUACUCAUGGACCUGAACCCAGAAGACCCAACGAACCGGUCAUCCUGUUCAUCUCAGGUGUGGCAAGCGAUGCUCUAGAUUGGCAGGCCGUGGUACGACAGCUUUCUCCAUCACUGCGCAGCUACACAUACGAUCGCUCUGGCUACCGUAAAUCCGAGUCUUCACCGCUCGCUCCUACAGUCGAGAACGUCGCUCUAGAGCUCUCGCUUCUGAUCGGCAAGGCACCCAUCCCUCAUCCUCUUAUUCUCGUCGGACAUUCCUGGGCAGGCGUGCUUUUACACGAGUUCAUCGCUCUCAAAAGGAUCGCCCAAAUAGNNGAUGCAAACCACGAGACAACACCGCUCGUUGUGAAUGUCAAUGACCCAAUUCUCUGGUCCAUUGCCGCAGGCGUUGACGUAUACUCAGCUUGGGGCCUCGAAGCCAAUCACAAGUUGACGCCUGAAGAGUGGAAUGCUUUUAUAGCUGCGGAAUCUACUGAAAAGUUCAAGCUGAUCGCUCACCAGGAGGACGUCGAACAGUACGCUCCAAGUUUUGAGACACUACGAAAGAAGGAGCUAGGCAAGAAGCAGCCACUACUUGAAGACAAGCCGGUCUUCGUGGUUGGCGGCACGCGGAGUAGGGACUGGAACGGGUUGUACGAGGCGGGCGUUACCAAAAGCAAUGGGACCGAAGAGGAAAGGAGCUAUGUUAGGGAUUUGAUUGCGGGAAUUGAUGAAAAUAUGGCCAAGUUGAUGAAGGAGUUCUUGAAGCUCUCGACAAAGAGCGAGCUUGUGUUUGCCAUGGAGAGCGGACACUUCGUGCAGAUGACGCAGCCGGAGGUUGUUGUUGAUGGAGUAGGAUGGGUUCUUGACAACCAACCAGCAUGA